AUGCCGCGCCUCAUCGCGCUGACGCUGCUCGCAUGCAGCGGCGGCCUCCAGCCGCGGCGCGUCCGCGUGCACCGCGUCCGACGCCACGUGCAGGACGAGACGUGGAUCGCGGAGGAGGACCGAGCGCAGCCGUCGUACCUCGACACGCUCACGAAAAAGAUGGCCGACUCCUUGUUGGCAAAUUCUUUAGAGAUCCAGGUCCCUGGUCCUGGCGCGGCCCGAGAAGGUGAUUUUUUUGAGUCGCAACGGAGAGAAAGAGCCGCGCCGGCUGCGUUAAGGAUCAACGCCGACUUGUUGCACUGGCGCGCGAAGAAGGAGGAACGACGAGGUAGAAUAAAAGAGGCCAGAAGGUUGUGGCAGCUGUGCCUGCAAAUAAGGCCGGACGACGGCCGCACUUAUAUAGCAUUAGCAAGAGAUCUGGAACGGAGGCAGCGAGACGGCGAAGCCGCGUUGCAGCUCCUGAACGAGGGCCUGACCCAGGACCCGUCGAAUGCCUACGUGAGGCAGGCCUACGCCGUGCUGCUGGAGCGACGGGGUCGCACUAACGAGGCUCUGAAGCAGUUACGACUCGCGACGGCCUACGACCCGAAGCACGUCGCGUCGUGGGUCGCUACUGCGCGCUUACUCACAAGGGAUUUGAGGGGAGCUCCCUUACCUCUAAGGAGAGAUGUCAAUCAAACGGAAGAUGAUGAUGAGGUCUGGCUGCUAGGUACGACGACCCAGACGCUAGCACGGGCUCCCGAGAAGGACGACCAGCGCAACGCCGCCGACGCCAUCGAGUGCUUCAAGAAAGCGCUACAGGCGGAGCCGCGGAACUACUACGCGUUAUCAUGUUUCGCGGACCUCGAAGCGCGACUAGGACAUGUGGACGCCGCGCGCGAUUUGUUUAGGAGGUCGUCGGACGCCAAUCCGUCCAAUGCCGCUACGCUGGUGGCCUGGGCGAAUUUGGAGGAAGCUAGGGGUCUGGGGUUGGUGCGCGCGCGGGAGUUAUAUGAUAAGGCUCACAGAAGUCACGCGACGAACACGAGGGUGUUUACGGCCUGGGCCAUGGCUGAAGCUAGACAUGGGAACGCUACCGGCGCGCUGAAGUUGUUGGAGCGGGCGACGCGCGCGAGGGGCUUCGCGCCCGGUGGCAUCACGGACGCCGCGGUCUUCUCGACGCUAGGAGAAGUGUGCUGGCACCACCUCGAGGACUUCGACCGAGCGGCGGACGCGUUUCGGCGGAGCGUCGAGACGGACCGGAGGCAUGCCGCUGGUUAUUAUAAAUGGGCUACGAUGGAGUUGAGACGGGGUCGAGCUGGACGAGCUAGAGAUUUACUCCAGCGAGGCAUCUGGGGCUGCGCGGGCGUCGCCAAGUCCGUGGAGAUGGCCAAACUCCAUAGGGCCAAGGGGCAGCUCGAGGCGAAUAGUACGUUACGCGGCAAACGAAGGUGGGAGAAGUACGAGGACGGCAAUAUGGAAAAAGCCCAACGGUGGGAGCAGGACGCGGAAAGUGCGAGAACAUCAUUUAGGAAAGCCUUGGAGCUGUCGGCGGCGGCGGCGACGUUCGCGGCCUGGGCGCGCUUCGAGGAGGCUUUAGGUGACGUGGACGCGGCGCGCGACGUCCUCGAGGACGGCUUGUCGAGUUGCCCGCGGGCAGCGAAUAUUUGGAGGGAGUUCGUCCAGUUCGAGGGGCGGCAUAGGGGAGAGGAGGCGGCCGAGGCGGCCAGAAGGCGGGCGCGGGCGGCGCUGGGCGGGUAA